UUAACUGUAAAAGGUUUGUUACAAACUAUGAAACACAUCGUGCACACUUCUGGAUGUUAGAAGAAAACUAAUACUGCUCAUGAAUGAGACUAAAGGCAGGAAGGUGUCCUUUAAAACUAAACAUGUUAGUAGGACCUCCCUAUUUAUAUCAUAGUGUAUGAUAUAGCACGUGUAUUUCAGUAAUAGCCUACUGAUUUCAGUGCAGUGGUGAACAGUCACACAGCUCACAUGGGCGUUAUCUGUGAUACUCCUUAACUAUAAUUUAUCCAAGUUAACUUCAGUUAACCAUUCAGACAGUUCUUUUGCAAUGAAAAACAUAAACACCUAUGCUGCGUAAUGUUUACAUUAUAGCUGCUUAUGCAGUAACCAUGGUAACCACGGACUCUGGAUCGACGGAGGUCAGACAACAAUUUUACAUGAGUUAUCAGGUGAUGCUGGGAGCCCACUCCAUAACAAAAAACGAAAGUUCCAAGCAACUCCGAGUCGUUGAGAAAAGUUUUCCUCAUCCUGACUACUGUUGUGCAAAGCACGACAAUGACCUCAUGUUGCUGAAGCUUAACAAACCGGUGUUGAAAACCAGAACAGUGCAGUGGCUCGAGUUUGGCGACACUGUGAGAGACCCGGCAGCUGGCAGCAUGUGUCUGGUGGCUGGAUGGGGAGUAACUGAAAACAGCCAAACAUCAGACGUCCUCAUGUCUGUCAAUGUGACUGUGGUGGACAGACAGACGUGCAACUCUUGUGUUUAUUAUAACCACGACCCUGUUAUCACCAAAGACAUGAUAUGUGCUGGUUCAGAUGGUACAAACGUCGCUGAUACCUGUCGAGGGGAUUCAGGAGGGCCGCUGUUGUGCGAUGGAGCGCUGGUUGGAGUCACUUCUUUUGGAGAGGGUUGUGGUACCAUUAAAAAACCUGGAGUCUACUCGUUUGUCUCAGAGAGACAGCUGUCCUGGAUCAAAACUACGAUGAAUUAUUUCUAAAUGUCAUGAAACCACAGACAUCAGGCAGCAUGAUUUGAUGUUAUAUCUGUCAGUGUUAUUCAGUUUAUCAUUUUACUGUUCCUCUUACAGUUUAUGAGUUUUUUGUUUCUGCCAGCUUGCUAUACUUUUUUUUAAAAAAUAGAUUCUGCACUUGGUUAGUCCACCACAUGAAAUUUUACCAUCUUUCACCACACAAACCAGACAGAAACAUGGUUAUAUCUAAUCAUCAUUCUUCCAAAUAAUUUAAAGAAUUCCCAAACACGAGUGCUCCUGGUUGUUGCAGAUGAGUGCAGCUGCAGUAAAACCAGGGAGAAGCUAUUUUUAUGUACACUCAAAACCCAUGAAUGUAAAAUAAAACAGAGAGAUUAUUCAGACUGUCAAACAGAUUCAACGGCUCAUAUACAACCAACUGAACCUGAAAAUGAGGCCUGUGGACAGGAUUGUUGAAAAAGACAAA